AUUAUACAGUGUUGCAAAAAUGCUCCGUAUCACGUGGACCGCGUGAUGUACUGUGAUAUCACAGAAUGUUGACACUUUAGUCGGCGCUGUCGGUGAGGCAGCACAGUGUCAUGGCGCGUCAACGAUGACAGAGAGUGUACUCCUCACCGACGAAUCCAGCACGAAAGCCAGUAUGUGGGGCGGAUUUCGCUGUAACAAGGCUUUCCUCGUACUGUUCCUCAUCAAUGUGAUCGCAUUCCAAAGUGUCGUUUAUUACCAGGAGCGCAACAAAUGGCAGGAACUGCGCUCCAAGCUCGAGUCGGUGAUAAUGGACCUGCGCGACGUGCAAGGGCUGACGUACAGCGUGGUGAAGAGGCUGGAGUCUCACGGCCUCUUCGUGGAGAAUCUCCGCGGCAGAAGCGGUAAUCAGACCGUCAUCUACGCGAUCACACCCACGUUCUCCAGGCCUGUGCAGAAGGCCGAGCUCACCCGGCUGGCGCAGACGUUCCUCCACGUGCGCAACUUCCACUGGAUCGUCGUGGAGGACGCACCGUCCAAGACCAGCUUGGUCAGCAACUUCUUGGAGACCAGCGGCCUCAUCUACACGCACCUGUCCGCGGCGACGCCGCCCAACUACAAGCUCGGCAGGAACGACCCGAACUGGAAGAAGCCGCGCGGCGUGGAGCAACGAAACGCCGCGCUAAGGUGGAUCCGGGAGAAUCUCAAGCCGUCCAACAAGGGCGUCGUGUUCUUCGCCGACGAUGACAAUACUUACGCCAUCAAGCUAUUCCGCGAGAUGGAGAAGAUACAGAGAGUCGGAGUGUGGCCGGUCGGUUUAGUCGGCGGCUUGAUGGUGGAGCGACCUAUCUGCAUUUGUGAUAACGCUACUAAUAAGGUAAUCAGUUUCAACGCCGCAUGGAAGCCGGACCGUCCGUUCCCGCUCGACAUGGCCGCCUUCGCCAUCAAUCUCGAACUGUUGCUCAAGCACAAGGACGCGUGGUUCUCGUACGAUGUGCAAGGCGGUUAUCAGGAAAGCGAGAUACUCAGACAGAUAGUCACGAGGGAUCAGCUGGAGCCAUUGGCGGACUGUUGCAUGAAGGUGUACGUGUGGCACACACGGACGGAACCGCCGCAGCUGAACGUCGAGCAGAUGUUAAUCAGGAAAGGCAAGCGUUCCAAUAGCGGCAUCGAGGUAUAAAAACGGAAAAGGGACAAGAAAAAGAGACGCUCAUUGUCAAUUCGCGGAGUUUCGUCAUGUUCUACCAAUUCCGUGAAACUCAGUGAUAUUUAGUACAUAGAUAAGUGACGUUAAGUUCGUUAAAAUUGGCCGUUGUAAACGAGCACGCCUGAAUCCUCUUAUUUCAUUGGGCCCUGUAGUGGAAUAAUAUUGUAUAGCCGCUUGUAGUCGCCGACUUAAUAAGAGAGAUAUACUGAGCGAAUGUCUCUGGCAAUUUGAGUUGCGAACGAUGCUUUCGAAGGGCUCGAUGAAUCCAUGUGAUAUCUCUUGGCAGCAGGUUGACUAAUCUACAUGCCGAUAAUAUUAAUGUUUUUGUACGGAAGCAAGAUUCCCUGUCAAUCCUACUUACGGUCGUCGAUAUAAACAAAUUUCUUAUAUCGUGUUCACCGUUAUGCAAAAGUUGCAUUGUAAUAAAAUCUCAGAGGGAAACGCGAGAGGCGCGGACUCGCACAUUCAUUGUCCCCCAGUUGAGCUUGAAAAUGUUCCUUCACUUUUUAUUCGAGAGCAGGAUUUCUCGUCGCGUACAGAAAAAGCAUACAUAAAAAAUACGCCUUACAUCUA